UAAUCCUUAGUUCCCUUUGCCCAAAGCUCACUCUCGAUCACCCACCACUUCCAAGCUCAUUGCUUUCUCAUUCAACCCACCACCAGCAACUUGCAUUCAUCAGCAGCACCACGUACUGCCCCAAUUAGCCGAUGAAACGCAGGGCAUAUGUGAUUCGUUUGCCAUAAUAUUUUACUGCGCUUUUCUCUCAGUCUCGGAUUUAUGACUUUUAGUUCUCCGCUGCUACAUCUCGGCGAGUUCUUCGUAACCAGGCGCAGAAGCGCAAAAAAAUAGUGGGGCCAUCAACCGUCAUGCGCCUCCGAAGCUCCAGGGGCGUCAGAAAGCGCUAUGUCGAAGAACCAAUCGACGAUGAUGCCGACGACGACGAGCCCAUUGUUGUUCCUGAGGACCAGUCCAAAGAUGAUGAGGACUUCCGGGCCCAGUCAGAAGCGCCGCACGGCAAGGACGAGGAGGACGACGACGGGGCCAUGGAGGACCGGGGCGAGUCCUCGAGCGAGGAAGGGCCGGCGGCAGACAACCAAGGUCACCGUGAGCCAGACGAAGACCCAUCGCAGCUCAGGAAGCAGCGCAACUCCGGAGCCGGCAUGAUCCAGAGCCGCAAGGGCCUCCACGACAUCCCCGUCUAUCCGCUGGAGUCGCGCAUCGUCACGCGUGUCUACGCCGGCCCACUCAGGCGCUAUGCCCGCUACAGCGCACUUCGGGAUGCCAUGUACGGCCCCGAGUACGAGCGCAUCAAGGUCAUCUGGGAUCUCGAGAUCCGCUGGAGCGACUUUCCCGUUCUGCCGCCAAGGUGGCCGCCUGAGCACCGGCAAGGGGUCCUGCCGAGCCCCUGGCUGCCCCGCGGCUUCGAGCGUGCCCAGCAAAGACAGGCUGUGCUUUGGUACGACAGAUGCCAACUCAAGGCGCCUCAGAUACAGCAGUCCCGUGUGCUUCCGCCCGAAGAGGGGCAACGGAUAAUUCCUCAGGCCGGCGGCGACAUUGCUACCCUCAUCGGCCCCUGGGACCGGCAAAAGGAGUUUAGGCUCAGCCAAGGAGACAGUCUGUCGCUCUCGUCAUCGGGCCUCCCGAUUGAGGACCCCGACGCAACUGACAAGACGUCGAGCGGCUGGAUGCUCGAUGUUGGGGGCAUACCGCUGGCCGUCGCCUGGGCGCCCCUGUCCAGGCUGGACAUCCAAGUGCUCGCUGUGGCGUCGAUCCCCUUUUCUGACCAGGCAGUGACCGGCUUGGGUCGCCCAGCCACGGAUGCCUCGGAAAAGUCGGCAGGGUGCAUCCAGCUCUGGGAGUUCGUCCCGGUCACACGUGCGGGCCAGUUGGCCUCGCCUUCCACGCAGCCGCCUCGGCUCCUUGGAGCGAAGUGCUUUGACUGGGGCAGACCGAAGCGCCUUGAGUUCUGCCCGGUGCCGCUGGAUUCAGCCGGCCUUUACGGCAUGAUGGCCACGCUCUGUAGUGAUGGCAGAGUCCGUGUCAUUGACGCUAAAACCGUCAAUGACGCCGACGUCCCUGCGUAUGAAUGGAUCAAAACCCCCACCGUGACUCUCGGCCUUACAGAAGACUACAACGUCAAUGUCACCUGCCUAACCUGGGUCAAUGUGAACCGCAUCGCCCUCGGCCACUCGGACGGCUCGAUCACGCUGUGGUCCAUUUACCCGCGCCAACUGCUGCAGAGAAUCGGCGCGCACACCACCUACGUGAUCGAUAUCUGUUCCGGGUACCCAUCGAACCCUCACCUCGUGGCCUCCGUUCCCGUCGGUGGCUGCGCCACCCUCACGGACCUCUCCCAGCCGAGCUCCGAGCUCACCUAUUUCCCCGUGCCGGCAAUCAGCUUCCAGCCCAACCUGCUCUGCUGGAGCGAGCCGAUGCAGGGGUUCAUGGCGCUGUACCCGUCGUCGACGCCCAGCACGACCAUCGCCUUCCUCCACCACCGCUACUUCUGCCAGGCGCGGAGCAUCACGACCGGCCCAAACACGCUCAUGUGUGUUUCUGCCGGCGCCACGCACCCCUUCGUUCUGGUGGGCUGCGCGGACGGGUCGGUAUUCUCAUGCAACGGACUGCAGAAGCUGUUCAAGCAAAAGGGCGAGCUCUUGCAUAAGCUUAGAGUGUUUGAGCACGAGUACAAGCCGGCCGAUCCCGAGGCGCAGACGCGGCGCCGCGACGGGUCAUCAACUACCCCGCUGCGAGGCACGGCCAGGGUGCUGCAGGGCUUUCUCCCAGAAGACAACGACGAUCCUAGGACGGAGAAGCGGAAAGAGAUGGACAGAAAGCGACGGGCAGCGUUGAAGAAAAAGGCGGCCUCGAAAAAGAAAGGGGGUAGCCGAUCUAAGACUGCGGCCGCGGAAGCAGAGGCCGAGGACCGCGAGGCCGAGCUCGCCGAGAGACUUGCGUCUCGCGUGGUCAUCCACGAGCCGCUGACGCGCGUGACCGCGAUCAAGUGGAAUCCGAACGUGCAGUUCAGCUGCUGGGCCGCCUGCGCCAUGGCCUCCGGGCUGAUCAAGGUCAUGGACCUCGGGGUGGAUUGAGGCGAUCCACCAAGGGCGUUAUCACCGGGACCACAAGGUGGUGUCGGGGGCAACCAGAAUCGAGUGCCAAAGUCUAUUAUGCCCCUUCUGCAUACAGGCUCUAUCGCCAGCCAUUUUAACACUGCGCACCCAGAACGCUGUGAUGGAAGUCAA